UCCAGCCUCCCGUCUUUUCCGCCAGAUGGCUCGUUUCCCCGCGCGCAAGUGCCUCCCCUUCGUCCUUUCCACCGCUGCGCCCAUCGUUGCGCGCAUCGUUGCGCCCAUGGUGCGCGCGGCGGAGCGCCAGCUGGACUCGGUGCUGGCGGACGUGCUGCUCCCGGGCCCGCUCGGCCUCGUCGUGCACCGCUUCUCGCGCGACGAGCGCGCCGUCGCCGCCGCCGACGUCUCUAAAGCCGCGGCGGCGGAUGCGGCGGAUGCGGGCGUUGGUGGGGAGAGGUGUUCGCGAUAAGCGCGUUAAUGGCCUUUCGCGCAGCUAGCGGUCGCCUUGACUUCUGCUCUCGCUGCUGAUAAAAACGAUCCAUGGUCGCCACGUGGCAUCGUCAUCCUCCCGCGUGUACGUCAGCAUGGACGUGGCGUGGCGUGGCGGCGGCGGGGCGGUGUCCAGCGUGUGGAGUGGAGACACCUCUGAAGCGGCUCGAAAAGCGUGACAGCUGGAUGGCUCUGGACUGAAGCCGGUGCGCAUCUAUGGUGGGGAUGGGGCACAUGCCAUGGGCCAUGGGCCAUGUUUCAUGGGCGGUGGGCGAGGGAUGGUGAGGGAUGGCGCGGUUCUGGGGCUCCCGGGACGUGGGAUGCCAUGCUGGGAGCCACUUGUCUUGGUUGUGCCCCACAGACCCCUACCACCACAGACUUUCCUCAAUGUGGCAGUGUUGUUCGUGACUGCUAGACAUGGUGGCAAGUGCAUGGCACUACCAGUACCACCUACCUGCUGUGCAUCAUGCAUGCUCACAGCCCUGCAGCUGAGGUGAUCAGUUGAGUUGCAGCCUGUUGGAUGCAAGGUGGUGUAGUGUAGCCCACCCACCCCAUGCUCCCCUCAGGUGUUUCAUAUAGCAGCCUUUUACCCCAGCUUGGUCAAGAGCCAGGCUUGCACAAACCUCCCUCCCCUCCCUCCCCUUCAUGGCUGAAUUUCAAACGUACCUGAAGGUUGCAUUGCAGGGCUGGUAGAAUGUCACAUUACACUGUAGUAUGGUGGCACCGGUACUUGUCUUCUACUCGCAUUGUGAAGGCACAAGUACACUCUGGAUAAUGGCAAACCAAGUUUUGGAAACUGCAUU